AAUGAAAGUAGAAAAAUGUGAAAACGUGUUUCAAGUUUGACCGAAGAUGUUCAAAAACGCAGGAUCGGCGGAGAUAAUUCGAUCCCAUCAAAAGGAUGAUCUUUAUCUUUCUUAUCUUCGUAGUUCCAUUUCAGACAUAUCACAAUCAAUUUUAGGACCAAGAAGAUGGCUAAGUUGGAAAAAGGAACUUGAUGUUGGUGCUGAUCUUGGUUAUUUUCUACUGACCACAUUCGCAGGAUUUCAAACAGUUGGAGAGGAGUAUGUCAACAUAAUACAGGUAGAUCCAACCAGGAAGUCUGUACCAUCCCUAUGGAGACGAAGCUUCAUGAUCCUCUUUCAUGUUGGGACACCCUACUUGCUACAACGACUUCUGGACUGGUUUGAGCGAAGACUCCGAUCUCCUAGAUCCCAUGAAAUUCCAGAGGAGACUCGUGUGUUCUUGCUGAAAUGUGUCCCUGUUGUGCGAAAUAGUGUGACUUUUGUUCACAGACUACACCUGGCUGCUUUCUACUUGCGUGGCCUAUUUUACCACAUAGCUAAAAGAGCAGCAGGUGUUCAGUAUUUGAAGUAUGACAUCAGGAGACAGGCCCCUGAUCAAACACUCCAAAACAGUUUCCGUAUCCUAGGAUGGUUGUCAAUAGCACAGCUGUGUGGAAGUCUCGGCGUUAAGGUAUACCAGUUUUACAUGGAUCAAAGGAAAACAAAAAAGGCAUUUUCACAAAGUGAUGGACUUGUAGCAGAAGAAAGUCUAGAAGAUGCACUGAUGGAUCCCAGGAGGAAGUGCUCUCUAUGUUUGGAGGAGAGAAAAUCCACCACAGCAACACCUUGUGGUCAUCUAUUUUGUUGGCACUGUAUCCAUGAAUGGUGCUUAAAUAAACCCCAGUGUCCUCUAUGCAGGGAAAAGUUGCAGCCCCAGUUGUUGGUGUUCCUGCAGAAUUUUGAUCCUCCCUGAAGUGACAGACUGUGGUAGAGAUUUGAAUUUGUUGUAUCAGUAAAUAUUAUAUGGAUUCUGUGAAAGUCAUACUUAGGUUUUACCUAAGUUGAUUUGUAACUGGAAAAGACUGGAUUUAUCUAAAAUCUCGCCAAACAAGACUUGAUUUAUAGAGCAGAGAAGUUUUGAAUCAUUGAAAUAGACACGACAAGUCUCGAGUUACCAGGGAUGUUGAGUCACCAUAUUGCAUUCGGUAGUUAUGUGAAUUAUGCAACUCCCUGCAUGGCAAUUUGUAUUUGUCCAUUACUGAUCAAAAAUAGACAGAUCCUGUGAUUACUAGUCCCCUUGUUUGAGGGAAACUUAAAUAAAGUGUUUUUACUACUGUG